GCAGCAACAGCAGCAGCAGCAGCAGCAGGCGCACCAGGAGCACGAGCAUGAGCAGCAACACCAAGAGCAGCAGCACGCGCAACGACAUGUCGAGCCAUGGUCAGCAAGUGGAUGCAAAUGACGGGUAUGAUGGCCCUCCCCCACCAGAGGCUGCGCCCAAUCCUGAUGAUUCGAUGAACGCCGAUGUUUCAUACGCCGCCGAUGAUGGGCAGCAACAUCAUGGAAUGGAUGCCAGCAAUGCACCAAGUCUCGACAGCAUUGCUGCCGUUGCCGCCGUCGCCAAUGCUUCGAAUCACGAUGCUUCAGCGAGACAGCAUACCAAAAGGAGGAAGGUGAACACCUGCCUAACUUGCAAGAAUCGAAAAGUGAAGUGUGAUCGGGAGAGACCGCAUUGUGGACAGUGCAAAAAGCAUGGCAUUCCAAUGGAGAAGUGCAUUUGGGUCGAGGGAGUCGCCUCUUCCAGCCAGCAACAUCAGGCCGGCGGUAGCACCAACAACAACAGCAACCACCUCAUAAACAAUAGCGCCAACAGCAGCAGCACCGCCACCAACAAUGCUACGCCAGCUCAGUGGCUCAGCACUCUGGCACAGAGCAGCACCUGGUCCGACAACCUUGGAGCUGCUUUUGCAGAGCAGAAUACCCAAGCGCUCCUAAGCAGGAUUGCAUCGCUUGAAGCAUCUUUAGCUGAAGCUGGGGAGCGUCUUAACGGGGAUGCGUACGUGGAACAGAAUGCCAAUGCUGCGGCCGCGAACGCCUGGCGGGAUCAUCUCUCGCGUCUCCGAGAGAGUGGUGCUGACGACGCCGUGGGUCAGAGCGAGGCGGAGCGAGGCAUGGCCGCGGAUGCCCUGGCCAUGAUCGCACAGAAUCACCCGCACGCUGGUCAAGCCCCAUCAGUGUACAACAAAAAGCUGGUCGAUUAUAAGAGACCCUACGCGACGGCACCGAGGUUUUUCGACGCCGUCACUGCCAACCGAUUUCCUUUCACCGUGCAGGCCACGACAGACAAGGUCAGGGAUAUUAUUGGCAUGCUGCCCGAAGACAACGUCAUCGACAGUCUGAUGGAGACCGUAAAGCUGAUUCAGACAAGCGGUUUGAGCACGGGCCUGAGCAUGAGGCUCGUCGAGAUGCAGCUGGCGACCUUGCGCGGCCAGCUUUCCUUCUGGGAAGAUCGCAGUAGUGGCGAAGCAGAAAUUCCGGUCGUUGACCUCUCCUUCUUGGCGCUUCUGUUCGUGCUUAUGGUCAACGCGCUGGAAUUCAGCGAGAGCGCCGAUCUAAUCCGGAUUGGCCUCGUGACCAAGCCUGAGGAGGUUAGCAGCGUUACCGAGGCCUGGCAAGCCACCGGCGAAGCCCUUUUGGCCAUGAUCAAUUUUCAGAACCGACCCAAUCUCAACAUACUUAUGGCGAUAUCAGCCAGCCGUCAGUACCACUUGUCGAGGGGUCACGGUGUCUACUACCUCGUCCUGAUAUCGACUGCAAUUCGUCUGGCCCAAGCCAUGAGCAUCCAUCGACUGGGAAGUGCUGCUGAGGAUGUCGAGAGGUGGAACAGCAGUCCAGCAAAGCCAGACUCGCCUUACAAAGAGCGUCGCCCAUUUCUCAACGGCAAGCUCUUCUUUCCCGUCUUCAUUUCGGGACCGGGCACGAACGAAGAUGCCGGCGUUCGAGACGCCAAAGAAGCCCCCAUUCGGUUCCCCGAUCGCUCCCACCUCGUUCGCGAGACAGCUCGAAAGAUGUGGUACCAUUUUAUUGUCCAGGACUACUUCGCAUCUGAUAGCUUCGACCGGACCUACCACAUCUUUCCCGGACAGUACAACACCGCGCUCCCUCUCAAUCUUGACGAGGACGAGCUGCCGACAGGGUUAGAAGACGCACCUUCGAAGCUGCCUGCAGCCAAGCCUGAAGGCCAACCGACCGACUCCAAUAUGUACCAGACCGCGUUUCGAGUAAGCGACCUGUGUAGGGAGACGAGCGACGCCUACCUGCGGGGCAAGCUGACGCAGGAAGUGGUACUGGAGAUGGACACAAAGUGGCGCCACAUAUUUGACGAACUUCCCGUCUUUCUCAAGCUCGAUGGUACGUCGGAGAACCUCGAUUACGUACGGCUAUUGCAAGCGCAGAGACCCUACCUGGCCUCGCAGCGGCUCAUCACCAUCGAGAUGAUCCAGUUCAGGCUUCUGUGUCUCCAUCGCCCUUUUCUCGUGCUGGGACACCACGAAUCCAAAUAUGCACAGAACACUCGAGCUUGUGUCGAGGCGGCACGAAGCAUCAUCUUUUGUCGCCAAGAGCUCGAAAAUGUCAACUGGGCCGUGCAACGCUUCGUCGGUUUCCGUUUACACACCUUCCAAGCCGCACUGGUGCUAGCGAUGCACCUGAUGGAGCUGGCCAAGCGUGGCAGACCCGAGGAUGCCGACUCUCAAAAGAUGAGAGACGAAGUCUCGAUUGCCAUGUCUUUCUUGGCCCACAAGACGGCGGCCGAUGGCACGCCACUGGACCUCAACGGAGAGGCCCACAAGAUGAGAGGAAGGGAGAUCCUCGACACGCUCCUCGCCGAAGAGAAAGCUUUGCGGCAAGGCCAUCCUGCAGGCUCUUCGAGGGGCAUCAAGCGCGAAGCAACAGAGGCCGGUCUUGACGAUCAGUCCACCACGCAAGCACCAGAUGUUGUGGCAGAUCUCAGCCCAGACAAUCCUAUCAAUCGCUUUGUCGUCGAGCAAGUCAAGGGCAGCAUUGGUCAUUCGACGACCGACGAGGAGUUCUGGGAAGCAAUCGAGAACCAAGCAAGCCGACUACUGUCCUGAUCUUGUCUCUCCCUUUUCUUUCCCUCCCACAUUUCUCUUUUACUCUUCGCCACUAGGUUCUCUUCUCUGUUGUAUGUCUAUUACCCUGGAAACCUAUACAUUAUUACUAGUAUCGUAACAUGUAGUCUUCUACUCGUGUCA